AUGGUUGACGUCCCUCGCAAUUUCCGUCUCCUGGAAGAGCUGGAGGAUGGUCAGAAGGGCAAGGGCGACGGCAACAUUUCGUGGGGCCUUGAAGAUGACUCGGACAUGACGCUCUCUCGAUGGACCGGAACGAUAAUUGGACCUAGCAGGACGCCAUUCGAAUCAAGGAUUUACAAUCUGCGAAUCGAGUGUGGCCCAAACUAUCCCAGGGAGCCGCCGGCUGUCCGUUUCACGACCAAGAUCACGAUGAACGGCGUUAAUCAGUCGAACGGCAUGAUCGAAAAGCGCUAUCUGACGACCCUGAGAAGCUGGAAUUCUACAUUGUACAUCAAGAACGUGCUCGAAGACAUUCGCAAGAACAUGAUGACUGCCAAGGAGAACCUGAAGCUGUCCCAGCCGUCCGAGGGAGCUACUUAU